AUGAUUCGUUGGUUUAUUAAUGAUUUAUGGCGAGGACAAACUACGCCAUGGCCUAUGCCACCGCCUCCACAACUGGUUUACAGUAAUAGCAGUGUUUCGAAGAAUUCAUUUUGGGAUUAUACCCAUCCAGUUGUCGAUCGAUUGUCACGGACAUUUACUGGUGAUAAUAUAUCUGAUUUUUAUCGUUUUCAGUCUAAUCGUGCAUCAGUUAUUGAAAAUGCAAUGAUGAAACCGAAGAAAAUGACAAACACACUCAAUCGUGAUUAUCAAGUGUUCUGUUGUCUUGGUAGAGGAGGUUUCGGUGAAGUCUUUGAUGGACGACGAAAAUCAGACAAUAGUCCUGUUAUUGUGAAAUUCUUACCAAAACAUCGCAUUCUUAAUUGGGGUGUAUUUCAAGGCAAACGUGUUCCAUAUGAAAUUGAAAUUCUUUGGCGUCUUCGCGGUUUACCUGGUAUUAUAACUAUAUAUGAUCAUUUUGAAGAAACAGAUCGUUAUGUAUUUAUAAUGGAAAAAAUCCCAAAUUCAUGUACACUUUUCAAUUUUGUCAUGGAAUGUCCUCCAUUAGCUAAUACAGAAUUAUUAAGACAUAUAUUUCGAGAAAUAAUUCGUAUUAAUAUGUCAUUACAAAGUUAUGGUGUUUGGCAUCGUGAUUGUAAACUUGAAAAUAUACUUUAUUGUAGAAAUGAUCGAACAUUACGUUUUAUCGAUUUUGGUUCAGCUGCACCUGCACGAGGUGGAGAUUUUCAUGAAUUUCAAGGUACAUUAGAAAUUAUGACACCUGAAUGGAUAUUGGAAAGACGUUAUGAUGGUGAACAAGCAUGUGUAUGGACAUUAGGCGUUUGUCUUUAUGUUUUACUUUUUCAACAAUAUCCAUUCCGUUCAAAAGCUGAAAUUGUUGAUAGUCACUUAAAUCUACCAUUUUUAAGUUCACCAGAUAAACAAGCAUAUCAAACAAUGAAACAAUGUUUAAGUAAAAAUGGAAAUCGUCGUCCAAAAUUAAAUAGUCUUCUAUAUUUAUCAUGGCUUCAAUAA